AUGGAUUUCGAGACAAUGGAAAAGGCAAUGUACGGGGACGUGGAAGACGACGAGGAGCUGAUGGCCGAGCUGCUGGCGCUGGAGGCCGAAGAACGAGCGGCCGGACGGAUAACCGCUGCUGCAGAGCCUCAACAAAAUAGCGCAUCAUCAGCCGGUCAUCAGAAAAGUGUCACUGCUACUGCUGAUGCUAUUUUCGCUGCUGCUACCGUUGUGGAAAAACCGGGUGGUGGUGUUUAUGGAAUUUCAAGUGUCUCCGAUGCCGAACUGUCAAAUUUGGUUGGGCAAGAGAAAGCGGAAGAUCAUGCAUCCUCUUCGAAACCAACACCAGCAGCACCCCCUCAGGCUCCUGUUGACACGGCGAUGUUGCGCAGGCUGAACGAACUCAAAGAGGAAUACAGUGCAGCACGGAAAACGGCAAAAGAGGAAUUUCGCGCAAAAAGGUUCGAACGAGGAUUGCUUAGGAUUAACGAGCUAAUCGGGAAGGUUGAAGCUGGUAAAACAGUGAAUGAAAACGAGAUCCCAGUCUCACUUAAGGCAUCUCAGUCAGCUGCGCCACCACCAGCAUCAGCAGAAGUUGCUCCACCGGUACCCAGACAUCGGCAGGAUCCUUCCCCUGCAGUGGUACACCCCGCACAAGAAAUUCCGGUAGCUGCUGAAAGCAUUCCCAGUGCGCCAGUAAGCAAUCACCAGCCUACCACAGUCUUAUUAAAAGGCCAGAUGUUAAGGGAAGUGCUAAAUAGUCGUCGACAAUCUUAUAUCAAUAAUGCAAAACUUGCUAACGAAGCGGGCGACAAAAAAUCUGCUUACGAAUACUACACGGUUGCGAAGCAGUUUGAUGAAGCGAUCAAAGCAGUGAAUGAUGGGCAAGUAAAAGAAUGUGAAGAAAGUGAACUCCCACCGUCAGCCACUCCCUACAAACCUAAGGUAAUUAUUAGUACUUGUUGGAUCAACUUUUGGAGGGGGUGA